AGAGGAGGAGAGGUGGAGGGAAUACAGUCGGAUUUGGAUACAACUGGAAAACUACCAAGCGCGCACAGCACGCACCGAACGGAAGGCACAUCGACGGUGCGUAGCCAACAUUUCACCUAGUCCCCCCCUCUCUCUCGUCCCCCUGCGAUCGGAUUCAGGCGAGAAUGGAGCUCCCCGCCGCCGGAGAGCACGUCUUUGCGGUGGAGGGCAUCGAAAAGAAGCGCAUCCGCAAGGGAAAGAUCGAGUACCUGGUCAAGUGGCGAGGCUGGUCUCCCAAAUACAACACAUGGGAACCAGAGGAAAACAUCCUUGACCCGCGUCUCCUCGUCGCGUUUCAACACAGAGAGAGACAGGAGCAGCUGAUGGGAUAUCGCAAACGGGGCCCCAAACCAAAACAUCUUUUACUCCAGGUCCCCUCAUUUGCCAGAAGAUCCAGUAUCCCUGCAGGAUUUGAGGAGCCGUCUCAGGAUGUGGAGACGAGCCCGAUCAAGUCGGACCUGGCCCCGCUGCAGAGACCCCAGCCCCAACAGUACCAGCUCAACAGCAAGAAGCACCACCAGUACCAGCCCAGCAGCCAGGAGCUCCCCGCCGACCAGCCGUCCAACGGCAAGAAGAAGUUCAUCUACCAGCUCAACAGCAAGAAGCACCACCACUACGAGCCCGACCCCAACAUGUACGACGCGCCGGCGUCCCGCCUCAAAGAGGUCGUCAAAGUCCAGGAGCAGAUCGGAAAACCGGCAAAUCCCGGCUGGAACUUACCGCUGGCCCUGCAGCAGAAAUGGGUCCGAGACAAAGACACCGGCUGCUUGAGCAAAGUGAAAGAGUUGACGGUGGAGGUGAGGAAACCGGCCGCUAAAGACGCUGAGAGCGAACACGCUAACCACAAAGCUAACGCUAAGCACGUGACGCUGCCGGGCGCGAUCAGCAGCAAAAUGAAGAUAAUCAAAAACAAGAACAAGAACGGGCGGAUCGUUAUCGUCAUGAGCAAAUACAUGGACGGCAACAAGGUGCACGGGGCGAAGGGUAAACACGGGGAGCCGUCGGGAGAAACGAAACCCCAAACUGUUAAAACGUCGGAGAACAAUCCAGCGCACACGGCCAAAAUGACGGAGCACCCGGAGAACGGGAUCCCCAAAGAGCUCUGCAACGGCGCCUCGCUCCCGGCCGCGGAGCAUCCCAUCAAAUGUUCCCAAAAAGACAGACACUUCUCCAAACCGUCGCCGAGCACGGCAGAGGAGUACAACACGGAGGUGGCUCGGGGCCAGGCCGAUUUACCGGAUGAUUUGCCGCUGCAGCUGACCGCCAGCUCGCCGCUCACGUCCUGGUCCGGCGACACAAACAUCCCGACUCCGACGUCCAUCGACCAGAUCCGGAUUCCGUCUUUUCCCAACGACCGUAAACGGAAGCUGUCAGAUCCGGUUCCAGAGGACAGGAGCGUCGUCUCCAAAACCUACCUGACGUCCAGAAGUUUCAGCGUCCCCGGCGGCGCUGUGGUCGCCACGUCUCCGCCUCAGGACAAACCGAUGGACCUCCAUUGUAGCGGCCCGCGCCACAGCAACACGCUCACAUAUGAGGCGGUGGACUCCGGCAGCCAAGAGGAGCCGAUGGAUCUGAGCUGCCCAAAGACUAAGAAACAGGUAGAAGCAGAAAUACAACCUGAACCGGAGCCUGCUGUUGUUAUAAACACACCUCCUGUUGUGGUCGAAGACACGCAGAAACCCACAGAGAUAUCUAAAGAAGCACCUGUAAAGAAAAUCUCCCCUUUUAUGGGAAAUAUCAUAAUCACUGACAUCACGACAAACAGUCUCACCGUCACCUUCAAGGAAUAUGUUUCUUUCUAAAAAAAACAAAAACAACCUUACCAGUCAGUGGACCAGCUGGCUGGAUGGAUUCCUGUUGAUAUGUAAAUAUGUAAAAACAUCAGAAUUUUGUAUAUGUGGAAAUUUAUAAUUUAUCAUUCAAAUUCAAUAUGUUUCUUAUAAUGUUUUAUACUGUAACUCCUCUGUGACGUAGCCAAGAAAGUGCCCUCGAGGAUUUGAGCGAAUGCAUUCAGGUGGAUGCGUUCCACUUAAAAAAUACCUGUUUAUUUGUCAUAUGGAGCUCGAAAAGGGAUAGUUUGGAUCAUUUGGAGUCGAGUUGUAUGAGAUUUUUAUUAAUUUAUAGUCAAUGUGUUACCUACAGUAGAUGCUAGUCGCUAUGCUAAGCUAAGCUAAGCUAAGCUGUGGAUGAAGGCAGCAGCAAAAUACAUUUUAAUACAAUACUACAAUACAAUACUACAGUACAAUACAAUACUACAGUACAAUACAAUACUACAAUACAAUACAAUACAAUAAAUCUUUAUUAUCCACUAUGGUGGAAAUUUGCCUUCGGCUCACCGUAAAGAUACAGAAUUUCAUUAAAAACAUGCAGCAGUUGAGAAUGCAGUUAAAACAUAGAAUAAGAAAAGAAAAACAACAAUUAAGAGCAGUUAAAAGUUAGUAAGUAAAGUCACUUAUGUUGAGUUCAGCAGGCGAGUUUAUGUUUGUUUAUUUAUCAGGAUCCCCAUUAGCCAUCACUCUGUUGUGGGAGUAAUGGUUAUUCUUCCUGGGGUCCUCAAACAGGAAACAAUUCACAUACAUAGUAAAAGCAUACAGAGUAACAAUUAGAAUCUAGAAUCUCUGGCAGUUAUAAGAAAAAAACUACAACAUUAAAUUCAAUAAUUUACCAAAAAGUGAGUAGCGUUGGGGAUAAAAGAUUUUUUAAAGGCAUUUAUCAAGGCAAGGCAAGUUUAUAAUUAAUCUAUCAAUAUUUUCACUGCUUUACCUCGCUGUCAGACAGGCCUGUUUAAGUUUAAAACGUUCUCGUCUCCAUUUACAAAAUCUGUAGUUUUAUCUUGCAGAACAUGUAAGAGCGUUGCUGGAGUUAUACAAUACCACAAACAAUUAAACAUUAAGGUAGCAGUCGAGCAGCAACUCCCUUGUUAUGCAAGGUAAAAUUACCGGUUUUGUCAAUGGAAUCUGGUGACUUUGAAGUAGGGUUGUCACGAUACUAACAUUUCCAACUCGAUACCGAUACUCAGAGAAAUAUUUGAUACUUGAAACCAUUUUCGAUACCACAAGGAUAAAAACAAAGACCCCAAAAUUUAACAGGAAUAUUUUUAUUAACAAGAAAAAUGCAACAUGUAAAAAUUAACAGAACCACAGGUUAAAUAUUUAUAAUAAAAACAGUUGUGCAAAAAGAAACUGCAACUAUGAUAACAAGCUUCAGAUACUCGAUACUUUUGAAAAUGAGUAUCGUAUCCAGAUACGUUUUAGUAUCGAUACUUUUUUGAGUAUUGAUAUUUUUGACAACCCUAGUUUUUACUGUUUAUUCCUGCAGUGCACCUCUGCUCCCUAAACAUAUUUAAAAAAAACAGCAUUCAGCUAAAUGCAGAAAUGUAUGUGAGUCACAUGACCAGACGACCUGCCGUAGUAAAAACAGGCGCCAAAAGAACUAAAUAAAAACUUCUGCUGAACUAAUAUUAACAGUUGAACCGCCCAAAACAUCUGUGUGACAAUACAAUUAAGGCCGGGACUCGAUUAAAAAAAUUAAUCUAAUUAAUUAGAGGCUUUGUAAUUAAUUAAUCGCAUUUUAAUCGCAUUUUAAUCGCAUAUAAAUAUUUGACCUGAGAACAGUGAGAAGUAAUUUUUUUCACAUGGAUUUUUAGUAUACCAUUGAAUAAUGACUGAAUACAUAAGCUUAAGCAACAAAAAUAUUGUUUAUUUUUGUUCAAGUCCAACAGACCAGUGCGAUUUUUGCCAUUAAGUGUAGCAAUAGCAUAUUUAGAAAUAUAGUACAUUUCAUAAAUCCAGGUAGCCUAUAGGUAGGUAGACCUUCUGUAAACUAGAAUACUUUGGUUUUUUAAGUAAAAAAAAAGGUGUGUUGUUGUCUGAACUCAACGCUAGUUGGUGCUCCAGUAUAAUCGGUCCUCCUGAAACUCAUCCAGUGAGAAACGUUCCACGGUGCAAAAAUAAGUGCGAUUAAAAUGCAUCGAUUUUUUUAACGCGUUAAUUUUUGUGUAAUUAAUUAAUCUUGAUUAACGCGUUAAAGUCCCGGCCCUAAAUACAAUAUAUCGACAGUAUAUAAUAUAUAUAUGACAGGUUAACAUAAACAACUUAAUUUACAGUGAAAACACUAGACAAAGUGCAAAAAAACCCCCGACAUUUCAGGGGAAAAAAAUGAAAAUAAGAAAAUAACGGUAAAUAAAAACAUAAAAUUAGGAUAAAAUUCACAAAUCCACAACAUAAUAAUUAAAUAAAAGCUUAAUUUCACAAUGACAAAGUACAUUUUUGACUCUGUUACACAGAGAACUUAAAAAAGGGCCGUCUAAUGACAAGUAAAGCAGUGAAAAUAUUCUAAAUAUAGCAAACAUGUGAAGUGAAAUGGGUUUCAUAAGUUAGUUAGGAGUCUAAAAUAAGUUUUGCUGCUGCUCCUGUUACAACAGUACAUUUCUUAUCUAACUUCUGCCUGCUGGGAGUCCGCCAACUGCCAUCUACUGUAGAUAAUACACUAACUGUGGAUAAGUAGCUCUUGCAACCUCACUGCAAAAAAAAAAAUACAAAGUGUCCCUUUAAUGGGAAACUUCUGCUGUUGUUUGAUACCUGUACCAAACGUAUAACCUGAGAUGUAUGAUGGUUUAUACAUAUUUUGUAUGAAUAAUAUCACUUAUUUUGGUCCUGAUAGAAGGUAGAGAGGAUGUUGUUGAGUACAUGGUGAUCAAAGAUCAAAUUGAAAAGCACUUAAUUACAUUUUCAUACGUCGGUUUGUUCCAUUACAAGUGGGAAAAAAACAGCUGUUAGGUCUUUAUAUCUUAUUGCCAGAAUGAGGAUAAUGAAUUGGCGUAAGUUGUUACACGUUUUCUUUGUUUGUGGCUUUAUAAAACAUCAUAAGCCAUUACAUGCUACUUUAAAAGCAGGUGUGUCCGAAUACAAUGUAAACACAGUACUGGCUGUGUCAAUAUCUUAAAGAAACAUCCCGUUUUUUUUUCUUCUUUUGUCCGGUUAUUGUUUUUUCAUCGAGAUGCAACUAAGCUGUAAGUCAACAUUCUGUUGACUUACCUGAUCUAUGUUGCACAUUUCACCUUAAGCACACAGUUACGGGAAAAAAGUGACAUCUUAAAGAUCCGUUACAGUUAAGAAGACGUAUUGAUUCCAACCAUAAUGAGGUCUUGAUUUUAGGGCCGGGACUCGCUUUGUAAUUGAUUAAUCGAAAUUAAUCACAUUUUAAUCGCAUAUAAAUAUUUGACCUGAGAACAGUGAGAAGUAAUUUUUUUCACAUGGAUUUUUAGUAUACCGUUGACUGAAUACAUAAGCUUAAGCAACAAAAAUAUUGUUUAUUUUUGUUCAAGUCCAACAGACCAGUGCAAUUUUUGCCGUUUUUGCUAGUCCAUGCUAGCUACCACACAAGCGUCCACGCUAGCUGCCACACUAGCGUCCACGCUAGCAACCACGCUAGCUACCACACUAGCUGCACGCUAGCUACCACACUAGCCGCUAGCUGCUAUAUGUUUAGCAUUGAGGUGAUACUUGAGGCUGGAUGUGCUGCUAUGGUGAUAUGUGAAUUCCUUGUUGCCUAGCAACACAACCAUGCUCUUAUGGACGCUUCCAUCCGUUGGUUUUUAGUAACUAAAUGUCCCAUCAUCCACGGGGCCAACCAAAGGUCUCAUCAGCUUCUUCCUUCAUGUUCACUGUGGUUUGUUGUUGUCUCAACUCAUCAACGCUAGUUGGUGCUCCAGUAUAAUUGGUCCGCCUGAAACUCAUCCAGUGAGAAACGUUCCGCGGUGCAAAAAUAAGUGCGAUUAAAAAUUUUUAACGCGUUAAUUUUUGUGUCAUUAAUUCCUCUUAAUUAACGCGUUAAAGUCCCGGCCCUACUUGAUUUAUUAUUUCUGACCUCACACGUUGCUGGAGUUACUUUAAAACAAUACUCAUGCUAGUCUCAUUAGACGUCUCCUAAAGUCUCACAGAUUAGCGAUAAUCAUCUCAUGUUGCUUUUGAAGCUCACUUUAUGAUGUGAAAAACACGUUACUGCUAUUUGCUUGAGGAAAAAAAAGCUACAGGGUCAUUAAUGAGUGCGUUACAGACGGAUUAAAUGUGAGUUGUAAGGCUGCCUUUGUACACUGUUACAUGUGAUCCAAUGAGGCUGUUUUGAUUAUGCUGCUGAAAGUUCAAAUGUCAAAGCUGUUGGAUGUAACCUACAUUUGAGUCUAAAUUGCCUUCUACGCACGUUUAAUGCAAAAACCAGUGAGAAUGCUAACAAUGCUAUGAUAAUGAAGCAUAUUUAUUGACGUUUAAUUUGUUCAAAAACAAUUACAAAGAUGCUUUUUUACGCAUCAGAAGCUGCAAGUAAUUCUAGUGAACACUCGGAAAAGAUAUUUGGAGCUCCUUUUUGUUCUCUCUCUCUCUCUCUUUUGGCUUUGUGUUGUUUGUUUCUUUCUCACACUUGGUUCUAAAAAUCCAAAAUGAUUGAUAUAAAGUAUGUUCUACCACGAGUUGGUUGACUUAUUGCUGUUGGCACAGCUUAUUGGAUGGUAUGUUUCACAAUAAAGAAAGAGAAAUGACCUCUGA